GGUUACGGUAUUCAUCCUAUGGCCUCUACAGGGAAGGAGAAAGCUCCUCCACUAUUCGACGCUUCCCUUUUGGGCCUUGACGAUGAUAUGACGGAUGCCGGAGGGUCCAAUACUCUGAUAAUAGAGUCUAAUAAGUCCAGCAAAGGGAAGGUCAGUAAGGAAACAGCAGCUCCUAAAGAGAAGAUGAGUAAACGUAAACGGAAGAGACUCAUGGAGCUACAAGAAAGGGCCGCACGAGAGGCCAAGAGGUUGGCAGUGCUGGAUGAGCUGAAGUCCCAUCAGUUGUCCAGUGCUGAGAAGGCCAAGAUGCACGCAGUUGCAGACACUGGGGUUCGGCGGAAGCGUCGAGAGGAGAGCGUUGGCCUUGCAAAACUUGAGAAGAAAAAACAGAAGUUGGCGGAGUUAGCAGAGCUCAGUGAUGGUGAUGUGGAAGGCCCUCAGAGCUCUAAGGAAGUUCGAGGUGUUCCCAAGAAGGCUGUCACGAUGAAUGCGGAGAGAACGGCGGUGCCGGCAACGGGCAGGUUGAAGGCGGCUCUGGCUCCGGUCAAGUCUAAGAAGGCAGUAGGUCCAACCUUACAGAGGAUACAUGUUCAUCGGUCGCUCGAAAUCGAAAAGCAACGCGCUCAUUUGCCUGCGGUGAUGAUGGAGACGGAGAUAGUCGACUGUGUGAUGAACGCUGAGGAGGGCGUGAGUAUAGUAUGUGGUGACACGGGCUGCGGCAAAAGUACACAGGUCCCACAAUUCAUCUAUGAAACUGGCGUGACGAAGCACUAUGGUAAACUGAUAGGGAUGACUCAGCCGAGGAGGGUGGCGGCGACUUCUGUUGCACGUCGAAUUGCAGAGGAGCUGGGCCCAGAUCAGGACGGGACUGUGGGGUAUCAAGUUCGAUAUGAUAAGUCAAUGUCGCCUGACAAGAUGCAGUUGAAGGUCAUGACUGAUGGAAUCCUCAUGCGGGAGAUACAGACAGAUUUCCUCCUUACUAAGUACUGUGUGAUCAUUAUCGAUGAAGCUCAUGAGAGGUCCAUAAACUGCGAUAUCCUACUCGGAAUGAUCAGUCGAGCCAUAACUAUGCGAGUUGAGAGGAAUAUGCCUCCACUGCGCUUGGUCAUUAUGAGUGCAACUUUGCGCCUCACUGACUUCACACAGAAUGCUGAGCUGUUCCCGAAGCCGCCGCCAGUGGUCCAGAUAGAUGCGCGGACUCAUCCGGUGACGGUCCACUUCGAGAGAAGGACGGAACAGGAAUAUGUGAAGGCAGCGAUACGAAAAGUGCGAUUGAUUAACGCCAAGUUGCCUAGAGGAUCGAUAUUGGUGUUCGUAACUGGCAAGUCCGAGAUCUACGAGAUGUGCGAGGCGUUGGGAGCCAAGCCUCGAAGGAAGAAGGAAGCACACAACCAGUACAUUGACAGUGAUCAGGAAGAUGAGGAUUCGGACGACGAUGAGGAGGAAGCUCUUGUCACGGGUUGUAAGAAGGCCUCCAGUGGUAGCGGCCACAAGGGCGGUUCGGCGGCCUUCACUGGUGCAGCAUUCGGAUCUGGUCGGCUGGUUCCGAUACCACUCUAUGCGCAAAUGUCAACGACCAAACAAGCGGAAGCCUUUAGGACCCCGGCUGAGGACGAGCGUUUUGUCAUCAUAGCGACCAACGUGGCAGAGACCGCUCUCACUUUGCCGAAUAUCCGAUACGUCGUGGACACUGGACGGGAGAAGAAGCGAGUGUAUCGUAACGAUGGGGUGUCUGUGUUCAAGGUGGGCUUCUGUGCCUCGAGUUCCGCAGAUCAGCGCGCCGGUCGAGCAGGUCGUGUUGGCCCUGGUCACUGCUAUAGACUGUACUCCGGAGCUGUUUAUGGUGAUACCAUGCCGGACUUCCCCAUACCAGAGAUUGCUAGUGGUCAGCCUCUGGACGAUACAGUGUUGAUGAUGGCCAAGAUGGGCAUACCUCGGUUCCGACAUUUCCCGUGGCCAACGCCUCCGCCUGUGGCAGCGGUAGUGCACGCUGUUACAACUCUAUCGGAGUUGGGUACAGUUCGGCGUAUCGGUAUUAGCAAUGAUGAGGUGACCAUAACAAAAACAGGCGAAGCGAUAUCUAACUUUCCUGUGGCACCUCGCCAUGGGUGUAUGCUGGUCCAUGCUGGUAGGCUCAGGGAGGCCAACAACACUGAGUGGAGGGACGUCCUUGUGAUGGUAGUGUGUGUAGUAGCAGCCCUAACUGUGGGGGAUUUGUUCAUACCCCCGCCUCAAGAAAAGAAGGAUGAAAAGGCAAGCAAGUUACCUGGGUGGAGCAAGUGCAGUUCGGAUAUCGAGGCACUACUGUGGUCCGUGGGUGGCUUCAUGUGGACUACGACGGCGGACCAAGACGUUUUCUGCGCUCGCCAUAUGCUACGGUCGAAAGCGUUAAACGAGGCGGCUAGUUUGACUAGGCAGCUAUUGUCCCAGAUAGAUCACUAUUUGGACCUCAACGAUGUGGAAAGGGUAUCUUUGUGUCGUCCACGGCCACCUACUGCUAAGCAGUUGGCGCUAGUGCACGAAUGCGUUACUCGAGGGCUCAUAGAUCAUAUAGCGUGCAAAUCGACUCUGGACACGCGGUCCUAUCUCACUAGGAACCACAUGGUUGUGUACAUUCAUCGUGAAUCUCUUUACUACCGAAGACGACCGAGCGAGUUUGCUUAUACUGAGAUUGUUAAGGCCAGCGAUUCUCGCGGAAAGAAUGUGGCAAGAAUUUGCGUGGCCGUCGAUACUGAUUUCCUGGCUAAACUCGAUUGCCCGGAGCUCAUCAGGCGUGGCCCACCGUUGAAGAUGCCGCCGCCUUUCUAUUCUGCAACCAAGGACCGAGUGACGGCUCACUUCACACCGACAUACAUUCCUCUGGACAUGCCCCUGCCCACUGUCGGGAUAGAGCUCUCGACUCGAGAUCCUCUAGGCUUGAAGGUCUUUGCUUGCGCUAUUCUUCAAGGUAAAGUGUUUCCGAAGUUGCUGAAGUAUCGCUCGUCACUAAUUUCGGAGCCGACCUUGGAACACACUAGGUUGCUGCCGAUGGUUGAAUCGUUGAGGAAAUGUCGUUGCGGGUCUCGGCGCGAGCUGGAACAGCUGUGGCUCGACAGCCCAGAUCUGCUGAGGGUGGAAUGCGAGUCCUGGUAUAAGAAGUCGACACACAAAGCGAUUGAACGGAUGUGGCCACCGGUUGAAUGACCGCAACGUAUG